AUGAUUAAACUGUAUCCCGGCGCAUUUGCAAAGCCGCCGUCAUGGAUCUGUCUCCAAUGUAGAGCCAAUUCGUCUGUGUCUGUCGCAUCCCGCAAUCCAUCUCCGUCCCUUGUCCGCAACCGCAAUAGCAACAACACAAGGCUAGUUCCAGACAAGCCUGCUCGAACACGUUUUGCGCCUUCUCCUACUGGAUACCUGCAUUUAGGCUCUCUUCGAACGGCCUUGUUCAACUACCUCCUGGCAAAACGUACAGGCGGACAAUUCCUGCUCCGCAUCGAGGACACUGAUCAGAAGAGAACCAUACCGGGAGCGGAGGAAAGACUGUAUACCGAUCUACAAUGGGCUGGUUUACAAUGGGAUGAAGGUCCUAUUGUCGGUGGUCCUUAUGGUCCAUAUAGACAAUCGGAGCGAACGGCCCUCUAUCACAAACACGCAAACGAUCUCGUUCGCUCCGGACAUGCAUACCGCUGCUUCUGCAGUUCCGAAAGAUUAGAUGCACUUGCCAGACAGCGCAACCAAGACGGCCUUCCGCUCGGAUACGAUCGCCAAUGCAUUGACAUAUCUGCCGAUGAGGCAGAAGAAAGGGCAGCGAAGGGAGAAACACAUGUGGUCCGGCUGAAAGCUGACGAGUACCCGAAAUUUAAGGAUUUUGUUUUUGGAACGACGGGUCAAAAUCAGGAUGGUCAAAAGAGGUUUCUCAAAACGAUGAAUCGUGUUUACGAUGAUCCUAUUCUGUUGAAGUCUGAUGGUAAUCCGACAUAUCACCUGGCCAAUGUCGUGGAUGACCAUCACAUGAAGAUAACUCAUGUCAUCAGAGGAACAGAGUGGUUAGCGUCGACUCCCAUGCAUGUUGCACUUUACAAUGCUUUCGACUGGACACCGCCCGAAUUUGGCCAUGUGCCUCUUCUUGUCGACCAGAACGGCCAGAAGCUGAGUAAACGCAAUUCAAACAUUGAUAUUUCCUUCUAUCGGGACAGCGGCAUCUUGCCUUCUACGCUUCUCAACUAUGCCGCUUUGUUGGGUUGGUCACAUAACCAAAAGUCGGAAGUCUUUUCUCUUAAGGAUAUGGAAGAGAUUUUCACCCUGAAGAUCACCAAAGGCAACACCAUUGUCAGCCCGGAAAAGAUGUGGUUUCUUCAAAAAGCGCACACUAAGCGAUGUGUAGCUGAAAAUGGGCCCGAGUUCCAGAAAUUGGUGGACGAUGUCACUAAGGCAGCGGAAGAAAGAGGGAAUAUCAGAGAUAACCUUGCUAUCAAGGACACCGUGACAUCUCUACUCCAACAUGAUGGCGGCCAUUUCACAACCCCAGCUCAAUUUUUGGAUCGAAAUUGGUCCUUCUUUGCACCCUCGUUAAACCGCACUCCAUACACACUCACUCAAACCGAUCUAGAGCUUGGAGACCCAACGCCACCUCUCGUUGCUUUGCAGACCGUGGCAACGAUCCUAACCCUUGUUCCCGAAAGUCACUGGAACAUCGAGACCCAUCGCACAAAUCUGGACUCUAUCCCAUAUACAAGCAAGGCAUUCAAAAAGGAGCUGUAUCACUAUCUCCGCUGGGCUCUUCUUGCUGGCGCUUCUGGUCCGGGAAUGCCGCAGAUAAUGGAGGUUUUGGGCAGGGACGAAACGGUACGACGACUGACGGAAGCUAUACAGCUGAAUGGGAAUCAAGAUCGAAGCAGAAGAGGGACGAUAAAGCUUGAUUGA